AUGGGGAAUUGUCUGACGGGGCAUGCAGCCGAUGAUCUCUCACUGCUUCACGAAGAAUCUGACCGAGUUUCCGAGAGAUUGGGACCACCGCCACCGUACCAGGAGGCAGCACCUGUUUAUCACCUCAGUCCCAACCAACGACGGACAGUCAGCCAACUCACAGAGGAAGAACAGGUGAAAAUAGCCAAGAGGAUAGGUCUUAUACAACACCUGCCAACAGGAGAAUAUGAUGGCAGCAAGAAAGCUAGGGAGUGUGUCAUUUGUAUGCUGGAUUUCCAGAUGGGUGAUCCUUUACGUUACCUACCCUGUAUGCAUACGUAUCAUGUAAAAUGCAUUGACGAUUGGUUGAUGAGAUCCUUCACUUGUCCUUCCUGUAUGGAACCUGUGGAUGCUGCUCUUCUAUCAACAUAUGAAUCACGCUAG